GAUCUCUUCUUUUUUCGGCCGCUACUUGAUGACGUCACAUCCCUGAACGUUUCUCCUACACCCAACGGCGGCCUGUGUUUUCACUCGAUCGCUGUAAUUUUUCUCUUCAGUGGAGGAUUUCUCUCUACUGGUUGCCACCACCAUGAAACUAGUCAGGUUUUUGAUGAAGCUCAGCCAUGAGACGGUCACCAUCGAACUAAAAAAUGGCACUCAGGUUCACGGCACCAUCACAGGCGUUGACGUGAGCAUGAACACCCACCUGAAGGCGGUGAAGAUGACCCUGAAGAACAGGGAGCCCACCCAGCUGGAGUCGCUGAGCAUCCGAGGCAACAACAUCCGCUACUUCAUCCUGCCGGACAGCCUGCCUCUGGACACCUUGCUGGUGGACAUCGAGCCCAAGAUCAAAUCCAAGAAGAGAGAAGCAGUGGCGGGACGCGGACGAGGCAGAGGACGUGGACGUGGCAGAGGACGGGGACGAGGGCGAGGUGGACCAAGGAGAUGAUUCUCUGGUCUUCCAGUUUAUUCUCAUCACUUCACUGUUUGUACAGGAUGUUUGGGUUUUUUUUCUUCCUUUCGUUUAGAGGAAACGAUUUGUGAAUUUCAGUGUGCUUCUCUUUCUUUUUUUUGUACAUUAAGACCAUAAAAAAGGUUCAAAGCUUCUGUUUUUCUUUUUCAAAACGAUGUUUAAUAAAGUGUUUUUGCACUAAACAA